AUACAUACAGCCACGACUGCAAAUCUGCGUUCUCAAAAUGACAAAAUGGUACGUACUUGGUACCUUACCUUACCUGCAUGCGUACAUUUUUUUUUAUGCUCCAGUUGCAGCGUAAACCGACAACAUACAAGUUUCAGUUAUAAUUAAGUAGCAUUAGUAUCAGUAGCUGCCAAUUAAGCUGUGUGUGAUGGGUAGCUAACAUAUUAGAUUAGACGUGUUAAGUGCAGGUAGCUGCUAAUUAAUUAAACAACAUGCAAUGCAAGAGAAGAAGAAGACAGGCUUUCGCUCGCUCGCAUCUUUGAUAGCUACUUGCACACGCCGCAGCAGCCUCUUUAAAAGCACAGCUAAGCGCAGCUCGCUCCGACCAAAAGGCCAACUCAGUUUACAGCGACAUCCGACAUAGCCUAGCUUAAGCUUCAUCCAUUGAUCGAUCACUCUCACACAGCUAGCUGCACGUAAGCUAGCUAGGAGUUAGCUAGCCAUGGUUCGGAAGCUUGUUGCCUCUCUCUUCCUCGGCGGCGGCGGCGGCGGCGGCGGCGGCAAUGAUGCCUGUAGCCUGUCGUCGUCGUCGAGCACGGCGUCGUCGUGGCAAUGGCCUUCGUGCACGCAGGCGAGGACGCUCUCCUUCGCCAGGCACGACGCCCCAGCAAGCGCAGACGACGACGACAGCAAGCGGCGGCGGCAGCAGGAGGAGGAGGAAGACGACUACUGCGUCUACAAGACGAGCGUGAUGAACCCGGCCUUCUUCCUCGACGACCACUCCACCUGCCGCUCCUACUCCUCCGCCGCCUCCGCCGUCAACGACGUCGUCGACGACGACGACGAGGUGAUCAUCCGCGGGCUCCGGUCGUCGAACCGCCGCCUCUUCUUCGAGCCCGAGUCGACGAGCUCCAUCGUCGUCAAGGGACGCGCCGUCGACGCCGACGCGGCGGCGUUCGACGGGGCGACGGCGAUGUCCAUCGACUCGGCCGACCCGUACGGAGACUUCCGGCGGUCGAUGGAGGAGAUGGUGAUGAGCCACAUGAGUGGCGGGGGCCAUGACUGGGGGUGGCUGGAGGAGAUGCUCGGCUGGUACCUGAGGGCCAACGGCAAGAAGACCCAUGGCUUCAUCGUCGGAGCAUUCGUCGACUUGGUCGUGGCGCUCGCGUCUUCUCCUUCCUCCGCCACCGCCUCCUCCUCCGCCUUCCAGCUGCCUCUCCAGAAAGGCAGCCAGAUUAACUAAGCUAAGGCUAUAGCUCAUCCAUGAGCACAAUAAUUACUACUGUAUUAGCUAGCUAGGUAGAGCAAUUAAGCGAGAGACUACGUUUGAUUGAUUGAUCUUGGAAGCAUGCAUAAUGUAUGCCAUGGCCAUGGUAUGAUUGAUGCUGUAGCAGUGUUGACUGGUGUGUGUGUUUGAUUGGGUUGGAGUGAGAUGCAUUGCUGUAUAUUGCUGCUUUGCCGCGAGAGAUCGAGAUUUCGUCCUCACCUGUCAAAUGUCAAUGUGUACUACGUACUCCAUUCUGCGUGCACUAGUUGUUACCCGUCGUUUUCUCUCCUGCAUCGUCUUAAUAUAAUCUAUCCAUCAUGUUAUCAA